AUGUCCGCCACGAUGACAGCCGCCGUCGCCGGGCAGGGCCCGGGAGAGCGCGGCCCCGAGUGGGAGUCUCUUCUGUUCAGCGAACUCCGUGACCUGAUAGGAGAAGAUGAUCUUCAGCUAGAUGUGGAGAAUGACACUUAUGAAAACAACCUUUGCGACCUCGACUUCGAUUUGGAUCUGAUGCCUUGGGACUUGGGCCCCUGGGAUAAUACAAAGCAGAUCCCCACAGAUGUGUACUGGAAAGUGGAGCCGCUCUCGCCAGCCCCUUCAACAUGUUCCGUUCCUUCUCCUUUAUCUGUGGAUUCUCCAGGACAGCAUGUGCCGGAAGGUGUAGACUUCGGAUCCAAUCCUCAGCUGUCUCCUGUUUCAUUAUAUGAAAAGGGCUCCCAAAGUUCCUCUUCACCUGUAGAACAGAAGAAGAAGCCCCAGUCCAAAACUGUCCAUCGUUCAGCUAACGGAUCUUCAGUGACGCCCAGCCGAAGCAGUUUGGCAGCCUCCAAACCAUCGAUUCAGCCUAAGCCUCUCUUGCCUGCCUUCCGGGAUGCCCAGCGCAGCCUUGGCAUUCAGGCAAAAACCAUCGUCCUCCCAGCGCUGCCAACACUUUUGACACUGCCAAAGCAGGCGCCUGUUGUUGCAAUUCAGCCAGCGCCCCACAAAGGUCAACCGGUCGUGCUUUCGCAGCCCACAGUGGUGCAGCUUCAGGCUCCGGGCAUCCUUCCUGCCACUAACCCGGUCAUUGCAGUCACCGGUGGCGUCGCACCACUGCCUGGUCACCCCAUCAGCGUCUUGCCUCGUGGUGUGAGAAAUACCUUGGCCCACGGAAACCCAGCAGAAGUGAAACCUGCAGUUCAUGCCACAGCUCCGAAUUCAAGUACAGACGUGAAUGUUCUGAGACGGCAGCAGCGCAUGAUAAAAAACCGGGAAUCGGCCUGCCAGUCACGCAGGAAGAAAAAAGAAUACCUGCUGAGCUUGGAGGAGAGGCUGAAGGCAGCCUUGCAGGAGAACGAUCGCCUUAGGAAUGAAAAUGGCACCUUGAAGAGGCAGCUGGACGACUUGGCCGAGGAGAACCUGAACCUCAAAGCCUCCCCUCCAAAGAGAAGAGCUCUCUGUGUGAUGGUGCUGCUAGCCUUCGUAAUGCUGAAUUACGACAGACUAAGCGGGUUGGAGUGGAGCCUCAACUCGGCUGAGCCUCAGGCUGGGCCUUCGCCCCAGAGCAGGCAUCUUCUGGGAUUCUCAGCAAGUUUACCUCAGGAAACAGGUGGUGGGACCAAUAAUGGCCAUAAGCGUUCGGUUUCGGAUAACAAAGCACUGAUGAUAGUGACCGAUGAACCGAUCAUAUACAUUUCUCCUCCACCCUGCCAGCCAUCAAUCAACCGCACAGAAUCCCUCAGGUUAAGUCAUGAGCUGCGAGGCUGGGUUCACAGGCACGAAGCAGAAAGGACGAAAUCAAGGAGGGUGACCAACAGCCAGCAGCAGAAAGCUCCCGCCAUUCAGAAUUCUUCAGAACAAAAUGCAAACUCUGAGCUGAUGGCUAUUCCCUACACAGACACCAGCAUUGGCAAAAACUCUGGGAAUGAGCUGCAAGUUUAUUAUGCUUCACCACGAAAUUACCAAGACUUCUUUGAUGCAAUUCACAGAAGGGGAGAUACAUUUUAUGUGGUAUCAUUCCGUAGGGAUCACCUGUUGUUGCCAGCCACGACCCAUAAUAAGACCAGGCGGCCCAAGAUGUCGAUAGUGUUGCCAGCGAUAAACAUCAGUGAGAAAAUAAUUAACGGCCAAGACUACGAAGUCAUGAUGCAAAUAGACUGCGAAGUGAUGGACACCAGGAUCUUGCACAUCAAGAGCGCCUCCAUCCCUCCUUACCUGCGAGACCAGCAGAGGAACCGAACCGCCUCCUUCUAUCGCUCUCCCCCCACUGUCCCGGAAGCAGCGCCUGCAGUGAGAACAAUUGUGGAAUCGCCACAUUAGAAGGCCCAAGUGGGA